GCUCUGAUUCCCUUUCCCCCCAAACCUUCCUCAGUCUCUCUGAUAACUAACAGUACACAUACACUUCAACAAAAUGAGAGCCAUUACUAUUAACUCUCUCUCUCUCUCUCUCUCUCUCUCUCUCUGUACACACACACACACACACUGACGCUCUCCCUCUCUCUACUGUUAUCAGGUCGACCUUGGUCGGGUGGGGUAUAAAGGGACAACCAGACCCCUUUGUUUCUCUCUCUUUCAGAAAAAGCCUUAAUCAGUGAUAGUGAUAUCCCAAGUAAAAAAAGCUGAAAGUUGAGCUCAGCUUAACUUAGCUUAGAUACUAUCAACUCAACUCAACUCAUUUGAACUAAAGGGUAUCGUCAAAUUUUGAUCUUUUUUGCUUUUUCACUGUUUUGUUGAAUUUUUUAAUGGAAGUAUUGGAGAAAAAGAAGAGUUUUGAGCUGUGUUGAAAAGGGGAUUUCUUUUUUGGUUAAAUGCAUGUGAAGAUUGUUGGGGUUAAAAUGGGGAAGAGAUGGGGUAUAUUGAGGAUAAAGGUGAUGAAUUGGUGGGAGUAUUUAGGGUUUGAGUUGGUUUUAAGAGUUGGAAUUGAGGGUUUUGUUUAAUUAAGUGGAUAAUUUACAAGAAAAGGGUGUUAUUGUAGUUUAUAUUUUAGAUAUUUUUAAGAGAAGUGAGUUUAAAAAAGAAGAAAGAAUGAAGCUUUCAACAUCAGGAAUGGGUCAGCAGGCUCAAGAAGGAGAGAAAAAGUGUUUGAACUCAGAGCUAUGGCAUGCUUGUGCUGGCCCUCUGGUGUGCCUACCAACAGUGGGAAGUCGUGUUGUUUACUUUCCUCAGGGUCAUAGUGAACAGUGUCAGGUAGCUGCAACAACUAAUAAAGAAGUUGAUGCUCAUAUACCCAAUUAUCCAAAUUUGCCGCCACAGUUGAUCUGUCAACUCCACAAUGUUACAAUGCAUGCAGAUGUUGAAACGGACGAAGUAUAUGCUCAAAUGACUUUGCAGCCCUUGACGCCGGAAGAACAAAAAGAUACAUAUCUUCCUGUUGAGUUUGGAAUCCCUAGCAAGCAGCCUACUAACUAUUUCUGUAAGACGCUGACUGCAAGUGAUACCAGCACGCAUGGUGGCUUUUCUGUCCCUCGCCGUGCUGCAGAGAAAGUUUUUCCUCCUCUGGAUUUCUCGCAGACACCACCGGCCCAAGAACUAAUUGCAAGGGAUCUGCAUGAUGUUGAAUGGAAGUUCAGGCAUAUUUUCCGAGGACAGCCUAAACGGCAUCUUCUUACUACUGGCUGGAGUGUGUUUGUUAGUGCCAAAAGACUUGUUGCGGGAGAUUCUGUUCUUUUCAUUUGGAAUGAGAAAAAUCAGCUCCUUCUGGGGAUUCGUCGUGCAAUUCGACCCCAAACUGUGAUGCCAUCAUCAGUUCUAUCUAGUGAUAGCAUGCACAUUGGGCUACUUGCUGCUGCUGCUCAUGCUGCUGCUACUAAUAGCUGUUUCACUGUUUUUUUUAACCCAAGGGCUAGCCCAUCUGAGUUUGUUAUACCUCUUUCAAAGUACAUCAAAGCUGUAUAUCACACUCGUGUUUCUGUUGGAAUGCGUUUCCGGAUGCUAUUUGAAACUGAAGAAUCAAGUGUUCGGAGAUACAUGGGCACAAUUACUGGGAUUGGUGACUUAGAUCCAGUUCGCUGGCCAAACUCUCACUGGAGAUCUGUCAAGGUUGGUUGGGAUGAGUCAACAGCAGGCGACAGGCAACCAAGGGUUUCCUUGUGGGAGAUUGAGCCUUUGACUACUUUUCCAAUGUAUCCUUCUCUGUUCCCUCUUAGGCUAAAACGGCCUUUGUAUCCAGGAACUUCAUCUUAUCAAGAUAGUAACAAUGAAGCUAUUAAUCGAAUGGCAUGGUUGAGAGGGAAUAGUGGUGAGCUAGGACCUCAUUCGGUGAAUCUUCAGUCUUUUGGCAUGCUUCCGUGGAUGCAACAGAGAGUUGAUUCGCCAAUUCUCUCAAAUGAUCUUAAUCAGCACUAUCAAGCUAUGCUGGCCACCGGCUUGCAAAGUUAUGGGAGUGGAGAUUUGCUGAAACAGCAGUUAAUGCAGUUUCAGCAGCCUGUCCAAUAUCUUCAACAUGCAAGUAGUGAUAAUUCCAUUCUGCAGCAGCAGCAAGUAAUGCAGCAAGCAGUUCAUCAGCAUAUGCUGCCUGCUCAAACACAAAUGCUGUCAGAGAACCUGCAAAGGCAACAACAGCAACAAUCCAACAACCGGUCGGAGGAACAGGCUCAUCAACACGCUUACCAAGAAGCAUUCCAAAUCCCACGUGACCAGCUUCAGCAGAGGCAACAACCACCAAACAUACCCUCUCCAUUUUCAAAAGAAGAUUUUGCAGAUUUGAACUCAAAAUUUUCAGCAUCUGUUGCUCCUUCAGGCGUGCAAAAUAUGCUAGGUUCUUUUUGUUCUGAAGGAAGUAGUAAUUCCUUGAAUAUCAACAGAACUGGUCAGUCUGUGGUCAUUGAGCAGCCGUCCCAACAAUCGUGGAUAUCAAAAUUUACGCAGUCUCAACUAAAUAGUUGCUCCAACUCAUCACCACUUCCAACGUAUGGGAAAGAUACUUUGAAUCCUCGGGAAAAUUGUAGCUUGGAUACCCAAAAUCAAGCUCUUUUUGGUGCUAGUAUUGAUUCUUCAGGGCUUCUCCUUCCGACCACAGUCUCCAAUGUUACUACUACAUGUACUGAUAUUUCCUCAAUUCCACUUGGGAUGAAUUCUGGAUAUCAGAAUUCUCUGUAUGGUUAUGUGCAAGACUCAUCUGAGUUGUUGCACAAUGCAGGACAAAAUGAUCCACCAAAUGCAUCCCAUACGUUUGUGAAGGUUUACAAAUCGGGGUGUGUUGGGAGGUCACUGGAUAUCACCCAGUUCCGCAGCUAUCAUGAGCUGCGACGGGAAUUGGGUCAGAUGUUCGGGAUCGAGGGGUUCCUUGAAGAUCCUCAAAGAUCAGGCUGGCAGCUUGUAUUUGUCGACAGGGAGAAUGAUAUCCUUCUCCUUGGAGACGACCCAUGGGAGGCGUUUGUCAAUAACGUCUGGUAUAUAAAAAUUCUUUCACCCGAAGAUGUGCAGAAGCUGGGAAAGGAAGAGGCUGAAUCACUGAACCGUGGGGCGGUUGAAAGGAUGAGCAGCAGCACUAGUGCUGAUGAUCGAGAUCUUGUUUCUGGAAUGCCAUCUUUAGGAUCGCUCGAGUACUGAUUGUUGUAAUGCUCUAAAAGAAGAAGACUGGUUCUGAUUCUCUAUAUCUAGUUUCAUCCCUCUUAUCUUUUUGGCUUCUUUAGCUUUGUUGUUGAAUUUUUCCUUUCAAUCUUGCUGUAGUAGGAAGUUAAGCUAUCUCCCAUCUGUAUGGUCAUGUGUAGCUUUCACUGCAGUCCUGUUGUACGAGUUGAUAUUAUUUACUGUACCGUGUACGGCUCAAAAUCAGACCUUGAUUUAAACUAAGAAUCUCCGAAGUUAUAAACUUGUUAUUUCAGUUCAA